CCCCUCCCCCUCCCCUUCUCCUUCGUGUUCUUGCCGCUUCGGUUCCGACAGCCGCCGCUGUAAGUCGCUAUUGAGUGGCGGAUCCCUGAAGCGGUGUGUGUUUGGUGGUUAAUGUUCCACCGCCUCCUUGCCUCCCCCCCCGACCCGACCUCCUCGCCUUCUCCGGUAUUUUUUUCCUGUCUGUCUCUCUCUCACACUGAAUCUGUUCACUGGAGUGUUGGUUGUGUAACGGAGGUAGAUAUAAUGGCGGUGUCCCAUUGACUCUCAGCAAAGACACGGAUCUGUGUCUUUCUCUCACCGCCCCCGUCUCUCAGAAAAAGAGCAGACCCCGAUCGUACCGGAGUUUGCUUUUUUUUGUUUCUCUCUUCUCAAACCACUCAUUCCUUCUCUACAUCGGCGGGUGGCAAGGCAGCUUUCUAUUUAUCUCCUUGUCGGUUUUCUUUUUCCUUUCCAUCCUCCCAACGUCGGAUUUAUGAUUCCUGUCAGCUCAUCGACAUGCAGCCUCCUCCGAGAAAGGUGAAAGUUACUCAAGAACUGAAAAACAUCCAUGCUGAGCAAAUGACUAAACUUCAGGCGAAGCAUCAGGGGGAAUGUGAUUUACUGGAAGACUUGAGGACCUUUAGUCAAAAGAGAAUUGCGAUUGAGAAGGAUUAUGCUCAGGCUCUGCAGAAGCUGGCCACCCAGUACCUAAAGAGAGAAUGGGUUGGAUUAAAACUUGAUGAAAAAAGUGAACAUAAUAGGAGUAUGCUUGCAGUGUGGAAGUCCUACCUUGAAGGAACCUUACAUUUGGCCCAGUCUCGAAUUAUUGCAUCUGAAAACUAUAGGAAUCAGAUAUUGGAGCCUGCUAAAAUUGUAAAAAGUAUUAAAGAGCAGCAGCUGAAAAAGUGCAUUGAUCAGCUGACAAGGAUACAAGCUGAAUUCCAGGAGACUGUGAAGGAUCUGGCAAAGUCUAAAAAGAAGUAUUUUGAGUUGGAACAGAUGGCUCAUGCAGCGCGGGAGAAAGCUGAUAUAGAGGCCAAGUCAAAACUUAGUCUGUUUCAGUCAAGAAUAAGUUUACAGAAAGCAAGUGUAAAGUUAAAAGCACGACGCAGUGAGUGCAACACAAAAGCUAACCAUGCUAGAAAUGACUAUCUUCUUACACUGGCAGCUGCAAAUGCACAUCAAGAUCGCUAUUAUCAGAUUGAUCUGGUAAACAUGAUGAUGGCUCUGGAUGGGAAUUUCUAUGACCAUCUUAAAGAAUACUUGAUGGUUUUCAACAGAACAGAGCUUGAGGCCUGUCAGUCUGUACAGAAUACAUUCCAGUUGCUGGUAGAAGCUUCCAGCAAGGGAUUGCGCGAUUACAAUCUACAGCUUUUCCUUCAAGAAAAUCCAGUAUUCCUAAAACCCCAGCCAUUCCAGUUCCAGCCCAGCGAUAAUGAUAUGAUCUCCAGCAAGAAAAGCAAACAUGGUCAGAAUACUGCUGAUCAGAGUUUUAAUACAGUGCAGCUUGUGGACAUAGAUCUCUCACCCGUCAGCACUUUGCGAAUGACUUUAACAGAGAGUCGGCAAUUGGAGUAUGAAUCUGGGACCAGUGAGGAGCACAGCCUUAACAAGGAAGCUCGUAAAUGGGCAACACGUGUUGCACGAGAACAUAAAACAAUCAUUCAUAGUCAAAGGACAUUGGACGAUCUAAAGACUCAUGGAACUGUGGUCUCAGAGCAAGGGCGAAUCGAAUUGGAACAAAAAGUAGAAGAGACAAGAGAAACUAUCCGAAAAGCUGAGACUGUUAAGUUAAAGGCUGAAGCACGACUGGAGCUACUGAGACAGAUUGGGGUUGCUGUGGAUACAUGGUUGAAAAGUGCCAUGAAUCAAGUAAUGGAGGAAUUGGAAAAUGAGCGCUGGGCAAGCCUCCCUCCGCUCCCAAACAACGAAUCUGUGCAUUUGGGCACUCUGGAUCUUGAAAAGGAUGAUGGUGAGGAAUAUGAGGACAAUAUGGAUGUAUUCGAUGACAGCAGCUCAAGUCCUUCUGGCACAUUGCGCAUGUAUCCCCUUACUUGCAAAGUGCUCUAUUCAUAUAAGGCUAACCAACCAGAUGAGCUGACUAUUGAAGAACAUGAACUCUUGGAAGUAAUUGAAGAUGGUGACAUGGAAGACUGGGUGAAGGCAAGGAAUAAGGCAGCCCAAGUAGGCUACGUACCAGAGAAGUACCUGCAGUUUCCAACUUCCAACAGUCUAAUCAGUAUGUUGCAAACUCUGGGUUCCUUGGAUGCACGAUCUCAUUCCUCCAGCAAUUCUACAGAGCCUGAUUUGGUAACUGGUGGCAUUAAUGGAGAUUCCAGUGUUUGUUUUGUGAAGGCACUUUACGAUUAUGAGGGGCAGACUGCAGACGAACUUUCAUUUCCUGAGGGAGCUAUCAUUAGAAUACUAAACAAAGAAAACCAAGAGGACGAUGGCUUUUGGGAGGGCGAGCUUAAUGGCUGCAUUGGGGUCUUUCCUUCCGUGUUAGUGGAAGAGCUGGCAGGAUCUGAGAAUGGCGACUCUCAAUGGAUUGGAGACACACAGGUAUCCCCAUCCGCAAGACCACAGGCCAGUCUCCCUUCAUUACCAUUGUAUGAUCAGCCACCUUCCAGCCCUUUCAGCAGUCCAGACAAGACAGGAUCACAAUCCUUCCCCAGAUCACCUUCAGUAACAGAUCACGAAAGCUUACUUUUGGAAGCAUCCACCAAUCCACAGCCACAGAGAUACACAUCAGAAACAUCAGUUGGAAAAAUCCGACCGGUACGGGCUGCUCCACCUCCACCUACCCAGCACCAUCGCAGAAAAACAGAAAAAACAGAGGAAGUAGAAAUAACUUUGGUGUAGCAGCAAAUCACCAUUGUGCAAUUAGACUUGAGACUGAAUUAUUCAGCAUUUUCAGUUUCAGAUUCCUUUAAGUUCACCACCACCAGAGCAAUGGAAUCUACAGUUAAGGAGCGGUGGAUGGCAAUGGAAGAAAAGGGCAGUUACGAAUUGUGGGUCCUGAGGAAAAUUGGCAUUCCUCCUUUGAUUUACAAAUAUCAUGUGCCUUUAUAAACACCACUUUAUUUUUCUGGUGAUUUAAACUGGCCAUUUUUUUGUUUUUGCCAUUUUUUAGUUCAGUGAGAGGAAUACUGCUUGACCAGUCUAACGUUUGGUUGGCCCAGUCUUGGUUUAAUCCUCUGUUUUAAAGUCAUUUGACAUACUGCUUCAUCUGUCCCCAGCGCAGCAGAGUCUGGUACUUCUGUAAUUAUAUGCCCAUUGUGCUGUGCAGGGCACAGUUUCGGAUAAGAAAUAUAUGAUUCACUGGUACAGUUCCAAUACAUAGCUGUAGAUUUCUGCACCAGUGCCUGUCAUGCCAGAUACCAAUUAUUCAUCAUUGUUUGAUGCUGAAGAAUGUAGAUAGAUUUUUUUUUUAAAAAGGCACAGUUUGUGUUCUUCAUACAAUUUAUAUUGUACGUUCAUUAGCACAUUACUGUAGCCAUAAGGGUGAACUACUUGUAAAACAUAUCUCCCUUUAGUAUUAAUCCAGUCUGUAUACGUGUAUUCAGCUGUAACGUGCAGUAAUGUGAAUGGGCUAGAAACAUUGAGGGAAAAGUUUGAGUAACCAGUGAAGUUCUUUUUUAAGAGGGGCUGGUUCCUCUCAGUAGCUCCAGUGCAAAGAAAGAAUCAGACAAGUAAGGGAAUGAUUAAAAAUAAAUGCCUCUAUCUUAACUCAAAGAGUCUUAGUUUUCCAUGUUUGUGUAUGACUAAUAUUUAUGCAAUAUUUCUAGUCAAGAAAGAAAAUACAUUAUGGAUAUGUUAAAGUGGAAAACUAUAUAAACAUAUUUUCAGUGAAGGUGUUGAGCAAUGAAUGCUUUUCUACUAAGAAGUUAUUUGGAGGGUAUGUUGUCCUCCUUCUUAGUUUAAAAUCAACCCUUUAAAAUCACUAUCUUUUAAAUUAGAUACAGUAUGUUGGUUAAUUCUUGCCAGGCUGAUUAUUUUUUCAUCCAAAAAAAUGACAUUAUACUUGCCUAAAUAAGUGAUGACAGUAUUACGCUGGGAAGCAUUAUUGAUUGCUGAGUAAUGCAAUUUCAUGACUGUGAUAAGCCAUUUGACUUUGUUUCUUGGGUGAAUAAAUUGAAUAUUUAAUUGCCAUGUUUAAAUAGGAUUGGCAGGUUUGAUGUAUAUCAGUUUAAAAACAUAGGAAGCAUAUUUCCUUUGAUGUAAUGAGAAUAUCUGUUUAUCUUGCCUUUUGCUAGAGCACGCUUCAAAUUUCUCAAUAAUAUGCACACUUCAACUUUUAUUUCACAGUAAGUGGGUUUCAGAUUUACUGUGUUGAAUGUACUAAAGUUUAGGAAACUGGAAAAUAGUAUUAGAAGCUAAGGAUAGUAUUUCAAUUGCUGCAAACUAAACGAAUAACUGCCAAGUAUUUUCAUAAAAUGUUGAAUUCGGGUAACAAAGUAGCAGAGGUGACGUAGUUCAAAAACUAAUUUUUCACUGUCGAUUCUUGAAUGGUUCUAUUUAUGAGAAAAAAAGACUUCAAGUCUGUUAACUGUCACUGCUGAAAUGAUCUUUUCUCUCCAAAUCCUUUGCCUUUAACGAUAAGAGUUUGAUUUGCUGGUGAACGUUUUCAAAUCCGUACUGCCAGAGUUGAAAUCGAGGUUAGAAAUUGUGUCUUUAAAUUAAGUUGUAAUAUUUAGUACUGCACCUUAGUAAGAAAUUCUAGACAACCUCAAAUUAUCUCCAUUGGGAGUCAUGCAUCUUUUCACAACUAAUUUGUUCCAUUAAGGCAAAAGCAAAACCAAAAUGUUCAGAUUCUGCAAUUCCACCUAGCUCUGCAUUAACCUUACAACAGUUAUGUAGACAUUAGAAAGAAAUUUACGUAUGAUCCAUCAUCAUAUUCAAAUCUCUUUCUUCAAAUCUAGAAUUUGUGUUAUUUCCCCAUAUUCCAGCUUGUUUUAUAUCAUCUUAACAAUAAACUUGUGGGAAUUCAAUUUAAUUACCCUUUUAAUUAUUGAUUAAACUCCUAGCUUAGAUUUAGCAGCCAUUCCACUUGUUUUCCUUUUAUUCAGAUUAAUUUCUAUAGCACAUUUAUAUGCAUACAUGGAAGUAAACAAUUAUAAAGCAUUGUACAUUAAGCUGAAAUACAAUCAAUCCUAUCACCGUUUGCUUAGAAAUACAACAUGUACAGAUUUCUUGUUACUUUUAGUCAUUGCGUACGUGAUUGAAAUAUCGAAUGCUAAAGGCCAGACCUGUAGUUGUAAGCAGGGGGCUCCCAUUUAAAAGACUAGACUCCAUACCCGUUUUUCACCACCUCAAAACACAUCUGAUUCUGGGUAAGAUCCCACUGAUGAAUUCACAAUUUAUUUCAGUGGUGAUAAUAAUAGAAUUAUUUCAGAAGUAUUUGCUAUGUUAUGCUUCCUGCUAACCAAUGCAAAUUAAUAGUGGUAGGCCUGGAGAAGUUUGUUACUGAUGGGUUGUGUCUUUCCUCCUGACAAAGAGUAUCAAAACAGGAAAACAAGAAAGCAUUAGAACAAAAUUGUGAAAUUUCAAAACGGGGCAAGUAUUAAUUACUGCUCUUAAAUUCAGUCUUACUGACUACCUAGGUUGAGUUGAGAAUUAUGACUGAAUCAGAAUUUCUGCUUAAAGUGAGUCCGUGAAAAUAGUAUGUGCAGUUUGUAUGCUUGCAUCAGGUAGGUGUUCGUAUUUCUAAAUGCUUAUCAUAAUUAAUUAAGAAAAAAAUAAAGAAGCUUUGUAUGAAAGCUUUGAGGGUAGCAUAGAUUUUAUAUGCAGCAAUUUGAUCAUCUUAAAUUGAUUGGUGAUUGCAAACAUAAAACUCAGUUGUGCCCUUACACAGUCUCUCAUCUCAAAAAUUCACCUAUUUGUGUAACUGAUUUAGGGCAUGUUCUGAUUUCUGCCUGUGGUGACCUUCGAAUUGAUCACUACCACUAUACUCUGCCUUGCAUCAGUUACCCAUUACUCAUCCGCCAGUCAAAUAUUGCGCUUUUGUCUCAUUAUGACAUGGAAUAAAUCUCCUUUUUGUCGAGAAGGGGAGGACAUAAGUACGAUUAGAGAAAUCUGAUCUUUGUUCAGUCCACUUCACUGAGAAGGACUGUAAAUGAGAAUAAAUAACAGUACUCCAAAUAUUAAUUGUCCAAUAUUUAAAUUGAUUAUACAUAGUUAUGAAACACCGGUUUUUUAAAGUUGCAAAUAAUGUUGGAGCCUCCCAAUUUUGUAAGUAUGUCGUUUCAGUGAUCCCUGAUUAAACAGAUAUUUUGGGGAGAGAGUGUGAUGCAGCUUUUUAAAUGAGUUAAUAACUCAACUAUACCUGUGUGAUUUGACCCUUGCUGGAUGUAUGAUUAUAUAAGUCUUUGGUAAUUAUUUUUAAAGCUGCUAUCGCACAGUUUCUGGAAGCUGUAUAAUAGUUUAGAAAUUAGCACUUCAAAGACAUGAAUCUGACUUCUCAAUCCUUUCAGUGUAGAUUGAGUAAAGUCAUAGCAAGUCAUUGAUCAAGUAAUGGUUAGUGUGAACAAUAACUGUGCACAUUCUUUAAGUAAUUCUGUAAGCCCUCAUUAACUAGUGUACUCCCUCACAGAAAAUUUCUUAUAGCUUAUCUACCCAUAAAUGCAUUAACUGUCUGUUUUAAAUGUUUGGCUCAGAGGUUAACCUUAAAACUAGAACAGUUGUGAAAUAUGUGACUGUGUACACAUUUGGCUUAUUUGAAGCUACUGUUGUUGGGAACCUUUGAACUAGGUGCCAUAUGUUUUAGUUGUGUUCUGUAGAUCCAGAACACACUGGAUAUACAUAUACUGCCAACAACCGAUCCUGACUUGCAUCACCUUGGUAGUGUGAUGGUGACACUACCUGCUGCAUACCUCUUGAUCUGUAGAUUCAAAUCCUGGUGAAGACCUACAGUCCAAACAUGCAUAGUAAUAGUCAGUGGCUGAGUUUAAUCACCAAGCCAAAAAACUGUAACUUUUAAGAAACAUAACACUUUUUAAUGGAAUUUCUGAGAAGAAAGCACAAAUAGUUAUUGUAAUGGGGAGGAAAUCAAACCAGGAACAUCAAAAUGUAAAGUUUUACAACAAACAAAGGUUAUUAUUUCUCUAGAACUGCACUCUUAUAUUUUAACACCCUGUUUUAAAUUUUUUUGUAUUCUAAAGUUCUUUUGUUUACUUUUAUGAUGUUUACAGACCAUAUUUUUAUAACCUGACAAUAUUGCUGUUGCCAACUUACCCAAACUUCAUUGAUUUCCCCCUUACUUCAGUUGCCUAUUGAUUAUUUUAAAGUUUGCCCAUUUUUUUCUCAUGUAUUCUGAAGUUGCAUUUUUGCCCUAAAUUAAGAAUCAAAUGGUUUCAAACUAUGUUCCAUUUUAGUUGUCUAUACAUUAGGCUUAUUCUCCAUAUUAUACAUUGUACAGUGUCAGUACUUCAAGCAGAGAAAGCAAAUGUGCAAAAUGCUUUCUGCAGUGUAUUGGCUGUUAAAAUUUGUAUUUAUUAUGUAC